UUGUUCCUUGUCUCUUGUGUUUUCAGAAGAAACGCGUUGUUUGAGCGCCCAAUUUAAACAUGAAAUUAACUCCACAGUAAAUACCCGAAUCAUCUGUGGUAGGUGAUAAUUAAAUGAGGUUGCUCUGAUCUGAGUAGCGGUUAAACGUAACAUCUGGAGUAAAUAUAUUCUUUAUUACAGACAGAUGUCAUCAGCCAAGCUCCAUAGUGACUGAUUGACAUCACACCACAGUUCAGUUAUUUAAAUGUGUGUGCACUUGCUGUACAUGAUCUGAUGGGAUGUCGGAUUCCAGUGACUGUACCUUAUCCUUGGACAAUCUGUUUUUUGAGAAACCCAUCAUCCACAAAGUAAAGCCAUUGCACCAGGAGGCCAGUCCAUGGCAGCUGGAAGUGCCUCCGUCUUUUUCGCAGAUUCCAGCCACUCAGGAUAUGCAGGAGGAGGCAGAGUCUUUCUCCACUCUAUACAAUUUCUCACAGAAACCCAUUAAGUUCCUGCCUCCUUUUAAAGGAUCAUUGAUAAGUUUUAUCAAUGGUGAGAAAAAGAUUGAGGAGACUCAGGGUGGCUGCAAUAGCAUCAGCCAAUGUGAUGGCCUUUGGGAAGGUGAAGAGUUCAGGGAUUACUCUCAUGGUACCAGUCAGAGUGGAAGAGGUGGAGAUGAAACUCCACAGGUCUCUGGUCACGUGUCCAUGAGCAGGAGGUAUUCAUCUUUGGACUGCAGCAGAAGCCCACCUCUACGGAGAAGCCUCUUCAAGGCUCAGGUGUUGAACAGUGGAGGUGACUCGACAAACACAGAUGACCUUAGCAGCAGCAGCAAACAGACAGCAUCUAGACCCCAAACUUUUCUCAGUCAGGUUACCAUGGCGACAGCGCCUCUUCCUCUUAAGCCGCCACGGGCAACAGUUAGCCAGGCAACUCCUCCUAUCCCCCAACAGCCCCCCUUGCCACCCCCUCCACUGGGCUCAUCUGCAGCGAGUGGCCAACCCCCGCAGCAGGCGCCACACACAGAGAAGCAGGACAAGGGCACAAAGAGAGCCUUCGUUCCACCCAUGACACCUCAGCCUCUCCGCAUACAAGGUUCGUCUGGGUCUGAACUGUUGCGACCUGUUUCUGAAAUUCCAGCCAAGUUCAGAACGGUCUUCAGUGAGUUCCCCUUUUUCAACUGUGUUCAGUCCAAAGCAUUAGAUGAUGUUCUUUAUACGGGUAAGAAUUUUGUGGCAUGCGCACCUACUGGAUCAGGUAAAACUGUGUUGUUUGAGCUGGCCAUCAUUCGCCUGCUAAUGGAGACCUCAGAGCCCUGGAGAGAUGUCAAGGCAGUCUAUAUGGCCCCUAUCAAAGCUCUCUGCAGUCAGUGCUUUGAGAACUGGAAGAAGAAGUUUGGUCCUCUGGGCCUGAGCUGUAAGGAGCUGACUGGCGACACGGAGAUCGAUGACUUCUUUGAGAUUCAGGACUCGCAUAUUAUCCUGACCACACCGGAAAAAUGGGACAGCAUGACAAGAAAAUGGAAGGAUAACUGUCUGCUGCAGCUAGUUAGACUUUUCCUUAUCGAUGAGGUGCAUGUGGUGAAAGAUGCAACCCGUGGUGCCACUUUGGAAGUGGUGGUGAGCAGGAUGAAGGCAGUGCACGCCUACAGGACAGCACAGAAUCCAAAGGCAGGCCCCUCUAUGAGGUUUGUGGCUGUAUCCGCCACCAUACCCAACAUCUCUGAUAUUUCAGAGUGGCUGUCUAAUGACAGUGGUCCUGCCACAUGUCUGGAAAUGGAUGAGACUCACCGUCCAGUAAAGCUCAGGAAGGUAGUGCUGGGAUUCCCCUGCAGCUCAAACCAAACAGAGUUUAAGUUUGACUUGUCACUCAACUACAAGAUGGCCAACAUUAUACAGACUUAUUCUGACCAGAAGCCUGCUCUAGUGUUCUGCUCUACAAGGAAAGGAGCCCAGCAAUCAGCUGCAGUUCUUGCCAAGGAUGCUAGGUUCAUCAUGAGCAUAGAACACAAGCAAAGGUUGAUAAAAUAUGCUAAUUCUAUUCUGGAUUCAAAACUGAGAGAUCUGGUGAUGUUAGGAGUUGGUUACCACCAUGCAGGAGUUGACUUGUCUGAUAGGAAGUUGAUAGAGGAGGCCUUCACUCUAGGAGACCUGCCUGUCCUUUUCACUACUAGGACUUUGGCCAUGGGGGUGAAUCUGCCAGCUCAUUUGGUGGUGAUCAAGUCCACCAUGCAGUAUGUAGCAGGCUCCUGUGAAGAGUACGGUGAGGCUGACCUGCUGCAGAUGAUAGGUCGAGCUGGAAGACCGCAGUUUGACACAUCAGCAACUGCAGUGAUCAUGACCAAGAUCCAAACCAAAGACAAGUACAUGAAACUUAUGAAUGGGAUGGAAAUCAUUGAGAGCAGCUUACACAGCCAUCUGGUGGAACACCUGAAUGCUGAGAUUGUUCUCCAAACCAUCAGCAAUGUCAACAUGGCUCUGGACUGGAUACGCUCCACCUUCCUCUACAUCAGAGCCCUCAAAAACCCCAAACACUAUGGUUUCUCUGCCGACUUAGACAGAUAUGGAAUCGAAGCUAAAUUGCAAGAACUGUGUCUGAAGAACCUCAACUCUCUGUCUUCCAUUGGCCUGAUCGACAUGGAUGAGGACAUUAACAUCAAACCAACAGAGGCUGGCAGGUUGAUGGCGAGGUACUGUGUCGCUUUUGACACCAUGAAACAGUUCAGCAAAGUCGCUGGCACUGAGAACCUCUCUGAUCUGACUGAGCUGCUGUCAAAGAGCAUAGAGUUCAGCGACAUUCAAUUGAGAAUGAAUGAGAAGAGGUCCUUGAACACUUUGAACAAGGACAAGAACAGGAUCACCAUCAGGUUUCCCAUAGAAGGAAGGGUCAAAACCAGUGAGAUGAAAGUCAACUGCUUGAUUCAGGCUCAGUUGGGGUCCAUCUCUAUUCAAGAGUUUGGACUUAUACAAGACACAGCAAAGAUCUUCAGGAACGGCAUGCGCAUCAGCAGGUGUCUGUCAGAGUUUCUUAGUCAGCGAUCCAAGACAGGUUUCUCUGCUCUGCUCAACUCCCUGAUCCUGGCAAAGUGCUUCAGAGCAAAGCUUUGGGAGAACUCACCCUAUGUUUCCAAACAGCUGGAGAAGAUAGGCCAGACCCUGUCAACUGCCAUGGUGAACGCUGGACUCACCACUUUCAGCAAAAUAGAACAAACCAAUGCCAGAGAGCUUGAGCUGAUUCUCAACAGACAUCCACCUUUUGGAAACCAAAUCAGAGAAUCUGUCAUUCACCUCCCGAAGUAUGAUGUUACUUUGGAGCAGCUUCCGAGGUAUAGCUGUGCUACUGCGGAGAUCAUGGUAAAGGUGCAGCUAAAAAACCAAGCCCAGCUGCUGUCCAGGAGAACAGCUCCAGACAACCACUACAUCUCUCUGAUCAUCGGAGACUCUGACAACAAUGUGGUGUUCUUGCAGAAACUCACGGACUUGGUGCUGUUGAAAUGUGGUAGCUGGUCGAAGAAAAUUGAGGUGGCAAAGCCCUUGAAGGGAGAGGUGAUCAGUGUGAAUCUCAUCAGCUCACACUAUGUGGGCUUUGACAUCCAGCAGAAGUUCAAUGUGUACUACUCUGGGGCCAGGAGGUUUGAUACUGAUAAUUCAUACAACACAACAUAUAAUCCUACUGGACAGAGACCCUGGCACUCUGCAUUGAAACCACAGUCUACAGAUCAGGCUUCACCUCAGAGAGAAAAUGUCCCACCUGCUACAAACCAUGAUUUAGGCAGUAAAAGACAGUGCAACCAUUUCUGCAAGAACAAGGAACGCUGUGGCCACGACUGCUGUAAAGUAGGUGUAACUGUAGCACGGAAGAGGUCAGCAAAUCAAGAAUCCAGUUUCUCUUCCUAUUUGAACGACCUGAGGAGCAGGUGUGACACACUCACACAGACUCCUGUCAAACGACUCAAGAUAAAAAUGAGUGAGGAGUCUGUGACUGUCAACAUGCAGGAGUUUGCCUACAAACCCAAAGAGAGGCUACCUACUGUUUCCUGGUGUGGGGCAAAUCAUUAUGAAGCUUCAGUGAGACAUCAAACUGAAACUGUGGAUCUGACAGGCGAGGACUGUGCUCAGCUGUCAGACAUAGUUCAUCUGGACGACUUUGAGAGUGAUUAUAAUGACUAUGUUGAGGACAAGCAAAGGAGGGUGGAGGAACCUGUCCAAACAUCCGCUGCCACUCCUGAUCAACGUCAACAAAGUUCCUCAGUCUGGAUGGAUCCAAGAUUUAGUCAGAGCCCUAAACAGCAUCUAAAUGAGAAUGAUACAACCAACUCAGCGUACUCUAAGAGGUCCACUGUGGCAUCAAACCAGGGCGCUCACUGUGAAAUUGCUCCAUCUUCACAAAUACCAACAGUCAGCUUUGACCUUGGAAAUGACUGGGAUGAUUGGGAUGACUUUGAUGAUGAUGAAAAGUUGGUGCAUGCCAGCGACACAUCGUUUGCCACGUGUAUAGCUAAUGCUAAACCUCAAAUUCAGCAGUCUCUUCAGUGUAACACCCCAGGCUUGGCUGCUACAGCAGCACCAGUACUCCUCGGCCUCUCACAAGUCAAACCGUUAAUGACCACUGCCAGGACACCUUUGAGUCCUGAAAUCAGAAAUGCCAGACUCUCGCUGGCCACAGUCAGAACACAGAACAGAAUCACACUUGACUGGAAUAAAAAGAAACCUAACAUCUUAAGUGAGGAGAUCACAGUAAAAGCACCAGAAAAUCUCCCGACACAGACUCAUGUGGCCCCAGCGACCACAAGGUUUGAUUUUUUCUCAGUGAUAAGCGGCACAAGUAAUGGCAGCUCAUGUGUCAACACCAGCAACAACAGCAAAGAGGAGGAAGCUUUCCUUGGGAUAUUUGAUGGUAUAUUUUAGAAGUAGUGCCUGUCUAACUUACAUUAAUAUGCCAUUAAUGUAAUGAAUUUGCUUUAUGCUUGUGUUCAUGUUACUUUAAUCUAUGAACAUUACAUCUGGAGUUGUAGGCUGUUUUAAAGUCAUAUUGUCAUACAGGACAUUCAUAUUGUUCAUAAAACUGUUUGUUUCUAACAUUUGUUCUAGUUGUUAGUAUUUAAGUAAUAAAGCUUGUCUUCAUUGGAUGAUACCGCAUAGUCUUAAGAAAUAACUUGUCAACCUGUAAAUGUUUCUAGCAAAGAGUUAACAAAACUGCUGAGAGCAGUUUUUACUGAGCAGUAGAGCUCAGAGGAGGGACAAAGUUGACCUGACUGCUACAUGGCAUCAUGUUUUUUGAUUAAUAGUGAUUGGUUGACACAUCAUAUUCUUAUUCAUCAAUAUGUAGGAGCAUUAAAAGGACUGAAUUAUAAUGUAUUAAA